CACCUGACGCGACAACGAAUUAAAAUAAAUAAAGGUGUAUUGUAGAGUAUUGGUGUUAAAUAAAACAUAUACUCAGUUAUUCUCAGAGACAGAAAGACAUUUGUAAGAAAAUGUAAGAAACCUCAGCAUUCUGUCAGAGCUAAACAGGCGCUAAAAUAUCACGUGACACGAAACAUCUAGAUAUUGUCACACAAUUGCAUACUUAAGAUACACAUUCGCAAAACAAGGUAUAUAUCUUAUCGUUAAAAUCGAAGUAUAUUGGUGGUCGAAUAAUCGCUUUAUAAGCGACAGUACAUGUGUGAUAGUAACAUUGGGACUGCGACAAACAUGAAGACGCAAGUUCUUAUCGGUUUCUUGCUCGUGUGCGCCACAGCCGGUCUUCCACUGAACAAUGCUUCGGAAAAAACACCACAGAAUUACGAUCUCUGCACCAAAAGUGAUGGAGUCAUGUGUGUAUACGACGACGAUGAGAAUCUAGUGAGACUGAGGUUGGACGAUGACGACGAAGAAGAUAAUACAGACCUAACUGACAUCGAGAACUUUGUCUUCUUCUUGCUGUACACAAGGAAGAAUCCUCUUCGUUCGAAACCGCUGUAUGUCGAUGACGAGGACGCGCUGAAGAGGACGAAAUUCGACCCCGCCUUACCGACGCGUUUCGUCACUCACGGAUGGAUGAAUUCUCGCAAAAGCGCGGCGUGCACCUUGAUUCGCGAUGCCUAUCUCAAGCAUGGCGAUUACAACAUCAUCGUCAUCGACUGGAGCAAAAUCAGCAUCAAGGGUUACAUUUGGGCAAGCAAUCGUGUUAAGAGAGUUGGCGAAUUCGUUUCGCGCAUGAUCGACUUCCUUUCGAAGCAUCAAAUGGAAUUGUCGGAAACCAUAGUGGUCGGCCACUCGCUUGGCGCCCAUGUAGCUGGUAUCGCUGCUCGCAAUGCCAAAGGCGAGGUCAAGUCCGUCAUAGGACUGGAUCCAGCUUUGCCACGCUUCGAACUAGUUGGACCGGGAUCCAGGAUAUCAUCCGAUGAUGCGGAGUACGUGGAGAUUAUUCACACAAACGGCGGCUUUCUCGGCUUCUUGUCAGCCAUCGGGGAUGCCGAUUUUUAUCCGAACGGAGGCAAAAAGCAGCACGGGUGUCUGACGGAUCCUGGUGGCGCCUGUUCUCACGCCCGCUCGUUCAGAUUCUUCGCCGAGUCUAUUACCAGCACUUUAGGCUUCCACGGAAGAAGCUGCUCCUCUUACAGAAAAUUCAAACGGGGCCGGUGCAACGACUCGCCCACGUCCAUCAUGGGCGGACACAAGUCGCUUUUCAUCGCGCGCGGUAAAUACUAUCUGAAGACCAAGUCAAAAUUUCCGUUCGCGAAAGGACCGUUCGAGAAAUUCAGACGUUUGAACAGCACGAUCUGAAAUAUCUCGUUACGCUGCCGUUAUAUAGCGUAGGAUUCUGGAUUUGGAAAUUUAUUGCGCGCGGAACAGGAAGGAGGAUCCGCGUCGAGCUAAACUCAUUUCUCUCAGCAAUCGAUCGGACGAGCGUUCACGGUGCGUAAUUUCGUUUCCGCCCGCAGCGGCUGUUUCGUGCGCGAGUGUAUUGCAAUUCUCGUAUACCGGGCAUUCUUAUAGAGUCUGAGCGAGAGAUUGGCGGCUACUCGGCAAGCUAUCCGAUUUUAGUGAUGCUGUUCAUUAAAAGAACAUAAUAAAUUCGUCGUUUGAUGACAAACGUAAUCGCUUGACUACAAUAUAAGCGGCAAGUCUUGCAUUAUGCAAAAUGUAUCACGUUGUUUUGUCAAAAAUACAAAAUAUACGAAAAAACACUCGGUCUUGCAAGCCAAGUAGUAUUAAACAACACGCGUAUCAAUUUCUCUACCGUUGUCUUUGCAGAAAAUGCAAACAUACACAAGAGAAACGCGGUCUUUCAACACGCGAAUUUCUCAGACCAGACUUAGUCGCGAUGCUUUAAAUUUUAUCGCAAAAUAUCCCGCACGUAUCGCGCAUAGCAACAAAGAUAACAAGGUGAUGUGGAAAACAGUCGGAUUAAACAGGCGAUACGCUACGAAUUUUAGGCUCCGGGCUGUUUCCGUUAAACAGACGUAGUUAUUAUUUAUCAUUUUGACAUAAUGCGUACGCGAGCGUCGAAAGCAGACAAAAAAUAAAAGUGACCCCGCGAAGAGAAACCGCGCUCGAAACGAGAAUCUUCGUCGUCGAAUAAUUUUCAACGUGGAUACGAUGUUUUAAUUCGCGGAAAGGUACAACUGAUUUUUUAAACGUGUAAAUUUGGUAGUUUUUAUUAUAUAAUAGAAACACGUAGAAUAUUAAACACUCUGUCAUGCUCGACGAUCACAAACAUCCUGGUGUGAUAUUAUCUAUACAAAGAAACAACAAUUUAUACUUCUUUACAACAGAGCACUUUGAUGUACAAAUGUAUACAAGGAAUUAUUUUUUAUAAAAA